AUGUCAGAAAUUGCAGAUAAUACGCUCUGUGAGAAGUUUGAGGCCAAUGUGUUUGCCAAGAGUCGGUGCCAGAACUGCUUUCGAACACUUGGCGCUCAUCAACAUGGCAACCAGAUUGGCCCAGGCUGUUCAGAGGAUCACGUGCCGCAGUCAGACAGCAGAAACAAGGCAGCAGAGGAAAACACAGGGAACACCUCUGGUUGUGGGAAUAGUUCCAACAACAACUCCAGCAGUGGUGUCCAGUGGGACUCCUUGUGCAUCUUAGUGCCCCAGUGUGAACUCUAUGUUUGCGUGGGCUCCAAGGAAAAGGUUGAGAGCUGUCAAGAAAGCUUGGAAUAUACCCAGCUGAGCAGCAGAUCUGACAAAGAAUCUGAGGAGGAAUCGGAUGAAAUCACUACUUAUCCUGAUGGUAGCACUGGCACCAGCACUGAUGCGGACACGGAUGCUACGCUUGGCAGGGAGUGGGAGAUGACUAGGCUCUUCGACAGCAUUUUGGGACCCGACAAACAAAACACGAUGUACUAUGCAGGCAAGAAGCAAGAGGUACGAUCCGAACGCCUGCAUGCUGAUAAGUCCAGAUGGAGUGAAACUACAACCUCCAGAUCCUGUGAGAAAACAGAGUCUUGGAGUUGUCUGAAAGCAGAACCAAAGGUCAUGAGCCAAGACCAUGCAGACAAAUGGAGGAAGCCUCAAGCAGAGGGAAGCUAUUUCUCUCUGGAGCGUCGGAAAUCAGAACCGAGCUGUAUGUCUUCCCCUCCCCGUGUUGGCCGCAGCCCUUUGCCUGUCCGCGGUGAUGCCUCCAGGGUUGGUGGAUACCCUGCUUCCUCCACCAGCUCUGCAGACUCUAACCUAAGUUGCCGUAUGAGCGGCAGAAGCGAGGGCCAACAUGGACUUAUGAGGCAGGAGUACACCGUGCUGGCUGACCUGCCCAAGCCAAAGCGCAUCAGCCACCGGGAAGCCUUUGAAAGAGAGCGCAGCAGCUCCCGCACUCGUAGCCCUGGCCGGGCAGAGGUGGAGCGCAUCUUUGGACAUGAGCGCAGGAAGUCGGAGACGCUGGGGGCUUUCCAAGCUCUGGAGGAGGGACUUCUGGAUCGACUGGAUAGUAAGACUCUGAAACUGGCCAAGGAAGGGCGGCUAGCCAGGAGGAAAUCCAGCCCCACUUUGCACAGAGAAGUGAGUAAGAGACUUCCAUGGGAGCCGGAACAGCCCAAGAGAAGCAGAGGAGAAUCCUUGCACACGGGGAGACCCGAAAAAAGCAGUGGAAGCCCAAGCGGAUCCUCACGCUCCGGGAGCCCGACUCAGCGACUGGAGAGAGAGAACAGGAGCAAGGGGGGUCCUCUGCACUCAGCAGUCCCUCCUCAGCAAGUGAGGGGAGAGAGGAGGCAACGGGAGGAGGCUGCUCAUUUCCCCAAAGGUGGUAGAGAGAAGGCUGCUCUUCAAGCUGGAACUCAUGGGAAACAAAUGGAUCACAGUAGAAAGAGAUGCCUGGAGACUGUGCACCAACACACUAGUUCUGGAAAGACCACCGACAGCAAAUGGAAAAACUGCUUGGGUGCCUUGCACACUCCUAGCCCCACGCAGAGCUUGGACAAGAGUCAAGCAAGCCAAAGGGGGCAAGUGGAGAGGUACAAAGAGAGUGACCGCAGGGCCCGAGGCAAGCCUUUGCUCCCUGUGGAUACAGCUGAGCAACAGAGGAAGGAUGUAAGAGACUGCAGAGGAGCAGUGCAUGCUCUCAGCCCAGGGAAAGGAAUGGCAGCCCUAGGAAAAGAUGGACCCGCUCUUAGCCCUAGAAGACAGGUGGGGGGUGGCUGGGGAGGCCAAGGAGAGACCAGCCGCUCUCUCAGUCCAGGGAGUUCCAAAGGAACCAGUUUGAAAAGCCAUGGAGAGGUUGGGAGUAGGGUUAUUCCUGAAAGAUGUACAAGGGGCAACCAAAGAGAGACCAGGCGCUCUCUCAGUCCAGAGAGAUCUAUGGGGACUAGCUUCAAAGGUCAUGGAGAGGUUGGUCGUAGUAUAAGUCCUCAGAGAUAUACAAGUGGAAGCCAAAAAGAGACCAGGCGCUCUCUCAGUCCAGAGAGAUCUACGGGGACUAGCUUCAAAAGUCAUGGGGAGGUUGGGCAUAGUAUAAGUCCUCAGAGAUAUACAGGGGACAACCAAAGAGAGACCAGGCACUCCAUCAGUCCAGAAAGAUCUAUGGGAACUGGCUUCAGAAGCCAUGGAGAGGUUGGGCAUAGCGCAAGUCCUCAGAGAUAUACAGGUGGAAGCCAAAAAGAGACCAGGCGCUCUCUCAGUCCAGAGAGAGCUACCGGGACUAGCUUCAAAAGUCAUGGGGAGGCUGAGCAUAGUAUAAGUCCUCAGAGAUAUACAGGGGACAACCAAAGAGAGACCAGGCGCUCCAUCAGUCCAGAAAGAUCUAUGGGAACUGGCUUCAGAAGCCAUGGAGAGGCUGGGCAUAGCGCAAGUCCUCAGAGAUAUACAGGUGGAAACCAAAGAGAGUCCAGGCGCUCCCUGAGUCCAGAGAGAUCUAUUGCAACUAGCUUCAGAAGUCAUGGAGAGGCUGGUCGUAGCUUAAGUCCUCAGAGAUAUACAGGUGGAAGCCAAAGAGAGAGUGGGCGUUCCUUCAGCCCUGAGAGAUAUACGGAUAGAAGCCAUAGAGACAGUGGGCGUUCCUUCAGCCCUGAGAGAUACACAGAAAAGAAUAACCAGAGGAACCUAGAAGGGCCCUUGUGCCACAUGCAUCCAAUGCAACUAGUGGAACAGGAGCAGAUAAGCAGCAGGGAACACCUGCAUUCCACAAAGCCAGGGCAGCAGCAGCUGGAGACAAGCAGGAAAACCCAAGGAAAUUCAGUUGGGUGGAUGGAGAACGAACAGGUGAAUCAGGAAAGGUGUCAGAGUCCUGUGAAGCCAGAGAAGAAAGUGGAGCAUGAUGCCAGAAAGGAGGAGAAGUUCUUGCACCAGUCUCUGUAG